AUGGUGAAGGGCCAGGGUCGUAGCGGUGCAGAUCUAGUGGAAGGACUGGUCAUCAAAGAUGAGGACUACAAGGUCGUAAAGACACGCUUUAGUGCCUUCUUUGCCACAAACCUUCAUCAACUUCUUCAGGGCUGCGGAAUUAAGAACUUGGUUGUGAUUGGUAAGGGAUUCAAACUCCAAACUGUGUUUGAUGCUGUUGCGCUGGAUUACCAUCAGGUACUGUCGUUGCAGAUACAACGACUACUGCUGUUCCUCAAGUUCAGCUCGAUAGAUAACAUUAGAGACAUGAAGAAUAUUGGAGUUGCCACACCGACCCUGCAAGAAUGGCUCCAGCUUUGA